AUCAGUUCCACAGCAUCAGCAGCCAGCAGACCUCCAUCCUCCUCGCUGUCCCUCUCUCCUUCUCUUUUUUUCUCCUCCUUCUCACCGCCACCACCACCACCACCACCCUCGCUCUGUCUUCUCUCUCUCUCUCUCUCUCUCUCUCUCUAUCCCUCCUCUUCUUCUCCUCUCCGUUCCGACAGACAGGGAGGAAUAGCAGCAGCAGCAGCAGCAGCACGGGCAGCAGGCGGACUGCCGUUGCACCCUCUCUCUCUGCCUCAUAUCUUCCACCUCUUCACCUUCCACUUCGCUGCAUUUACCCUCUCACUUCUUAUCUUCCUCCCCCCCCCCCCUCUCUCCCUGUCCAUUCCUGUCUCCAUCUCCUCUUCACAACCUCUCUACCCCUCCUGCCUUCUUACCUUUCUUCCAUCCUUCCGGCUGGCUGGUUUUCCCAGGAUGCCUUGUUCCAGGCCGCUCCGCUAGGCCCGAGCAGCAUGGGCGGAGCCUGGGUGGGGAGAGAGAGCACGGAUUGGACCCUUCCCAUCAGGACGGGCGCGCUGGCGGGUCACCCUCCCUCGGCUUCAGAUGGGCGAGGACGCUGAGAGCCCCAAAAUCAACCACACCUUCCUUCGAGACUACGUCACUGAAGCUGAUGUCAUCUCUACGGUGGAGUUCAACCAGACAGGGGACCUGCUGGCCACAGGGGAUAAAGGUGGCCGAGUGGUCAUCUUUCAGAGAGAGACCGAGUCUAAAGGAGAGUUGGAGGACGUAGGGGAGACACUGGACUCGGGGGAGUAUAAUGUCUACAGCACGUUCCAGAGCCACGAGCCGGACUUUGACUACCUGAAAAGUCUAGAAAUCGAGGAGAAAAUCAACAAGAUCCGAUGGCUGUCACAGCAGAAUGCAGCACACUUCCUCCUCUCCACCAAUGAUAAGACCAUCAAACUGUGGAAGGUGAGCGAGCGAGACAAGAGGCCAGAGGGAUACAACCUGAAAGAUGAGGAGGGACGGCUCAAGGACAUCUCUACCAUCACCUCUCUGCAGGUGCCGGUGUUGAGACCCACAGAUCUGAUGGUAGAGGUUCGACCCAGACGAGUGUUCUCCAAUGGACACACCUACCAUGUCAACUCCAUCUCUGUCAACAGUGACGGGGAGACCUACCUGUCUGCGGAUGAUCUCCGCAUCAAUUUGUGGCACCUGGGCAUCACAGAUCGCAGCUUCAACAUUGUGGACAUCAAACCAGCCAACAUGGAGGAUCUGACGGAGGUGAUAACAUCAGCGGAGUUCCACCCGCACCACUGUCACCUGUUUGUGUACAGCAGCAGCAAAGGCACCCUGCGCCUCUGCGACAUGAGGGCGUCCGCGCUCUGUGACAGACACACCAAACUGUUUGAGGAACCUGAGGAUCCAGGGAGCCGCUCUUUCUUCUCAGAGAUCAUUUCCUCCGUGUCGGACGUCAAGUUCAGCCACAGUGGACGCUACCUGCUGACCAGAGACUACCUCACCGCCAAGGUGUGGGACCUGCACAUGGACAAAGGCCCAGUAGAGACGUUCCAGGUCCAUGAAUACCUGAGGAGCAAGCUGUGUUCCCUCUAUGAAACCGACUGCAUCUUUGACAAGUUUGAGUGUGUUUGGAACAGCUCAGACAGCGUGAUCAUGACAGGCACGUACAACAGCUUCUUCCGCAUGUUCGACCGGGAGACGGGGCGUGGCGUGACUCUGGAAGCGUGGCGAGAAAGCAGCAAACCUCGGGCCGUGCUGCGGACCCGGCGCGUGUACACGGGGGGCAAGCGUCGACGGGGAGACGUGGGCGUAGAUAGCCUGGACUUCACCAAGAAGAUCCUGCACAUGGCCUGGCACCCGGCUGAGAAUAUCAUCGCCAUAGCAGCCACUAACAACCUGUACAUCUUUCAGGACCGCGUCAACCCUGACACACAGGGCCAGUGACGGGGGACAAGAUGAACGACAGUGGCAGAGACACCAACCCAAAUAGAUUUGGUUGUUUUAGGGGUGACAUGGUGAUAUCUGACAACCUUCAAAACAUGUCAUCGUUGAUAUUAAUCGGAUUGUUGAUAAAAAAAUGACGGUAAUAUUCUUUUUUUAUCCCCAAGGAAGGUUUUAAAUGAUUUUUGUUCAACACCGAGGUGAACUCUUGUCUCCGGCACCCAUCAGGACAUUAUUUUUUUCUUCCUAUCUCUCCCUCUUUUUUGAAGAUGUUUGUGUAACUGCUCCAUUGUAGGGGCAGGAAAAAGAGGUGCGGGGACACCUCUCUCCUUUCUGCUUUGACAUCCACACCACGCUGCACACCUUUUCACCGAUGUAGUCGGAUACAUUUUGACACAAAAAAAAAGGGAACACAAGUGUUGGGUAGCAACAAAGAAAGACCUUGACAUGGUGACACGGCGUAUUCCCAACGACUUUGUCAGACAGUUCAUCCAAAUCAAAGCAUUUUUUCACUACUGUGGAGCAUUAUGAGCGAUGUUAUUGUACAGCUUUUCACAACAACAUCCUCAACCUUUUUGUUUUUUGUUCAUCCAUCAGCUGCUAACAGCUGCUGAACCUCUCCUUUGGAGCAGUGCUCUUGGAGAUUGCACGCAUAACUGACCCCCCCCCCCAUCUUUUCCCCCGUUCACUUUGCAAUAACAGCACUAAGAAAACACCGUGCAGCAGUUUUCCUGCUUUCAGACAUGAGCUCUUCUUCUACUACAGGUAUACAUACACUCUUUUUACUGCUAGCUGUAAAUAUUCUGUGUUUUUUUUUAAUAAGGUACCAUUUUUUGGUUCCGGAGAGAUACAAAAAAAAAGAGGUGAAGAUGGAGUUGUAGUCAGUACACUGCAGGACAUCCUGCAAGAAAGAUGGUAAAAAUGAGCGCUAUGCUAGAAACCGGUUCGACUGAGUGUUUAUUUCUUGUAGCGGUACUUUGGUAUUGCUGGUUACAGAAAGGGAGGAACGACUUGUGCACAAACCAACAUGUACUGAUUUGUUGUGUGUGUCCAUUGAGUUUGGAUCUUUUGUAUCAAUGCUUUUAUUUGUCUUAACGUGUGCAUACCAACAUUGUGCAUUACUGAAAAGAAAAAGCAACAGCGUGUUCAUGUCGACCUCGUUUGGAAAUGCUCAAAUUGGGGCUGAUAGGAGAUUCAAUCAAACACAAACAAAGUCAACUCUAAGUGUUAUGCUGAUUCAAAAUGAGCUGCGGUUAUUUCAUAAUGCAUAAGCACUUUUUGAGGAUGCAUAUUACAAUCAAAAUGUUGAAUUUGAAGCACAUCGUUCCUUCGUGAGCCCCAACAAAUUGUUUUGAUGAGUGAGCUUGUGUGCAGUGUAUUUGAAGGUUAUCGUCAGUGCAAUAUCUCAUCAUGUACGUCGCUGAAAUGUCUUGAACAUAACAAUAAUGUCAUUAACAUUUAUCAUACCACAAGUUCUAAAUGUCAUAUACCGUAUACCUCACAUUGACACGUGCUACUAUGGGCUGCAACACUAGGAACUUAGGAUGUACGGUACAGCAGUGAGGUUAUGUGACCUGGUCCAGAUUUGAUUGUUUGCAGCUAAGUGCAUCGUUUUUUAAGUGACCUUGGCCCUAAUGGGAUUUUUUGAAGUGAGGUCUGGAGGUGUAGUGACGCAAGUGGAGCAAGAAAAUACUUGCAAAGAGGUAGAAAUGAGCGCCCUUUGCAUAUUUUCCCCCAAAACAUGCAAGUACAGUAUUCUUAAUUUAUCCACUAAAGUAUCAAGGAAGAAAAUGUUAAGUAUAUGUCCCACUUGUCUGCUCUCCACUUUCACCUCCUUUGAUUUCAAAAUCCACAUUCAGAGACAUUUAUGUUGCGGCCUUUUGGGCUAGUUUGUACUCUCAUAGAAACAGCUGCUAUGUCUCGGUCUUCAUUGUCCACCAGUGGUGUUUAAAUGCAAACACAGUCUCGCACUGAUUUGUUUAACAAAGUGCACAAAUCAGCAAGAAAACCAAAACAAAGACUGGUUUACAUAGUGAUAGUCCCCCUGAAGAUUGAUAUCAUUUCCAGGGCUCAGCUGUAGUUUAGAGCAGGUCAGUCGUUAUUGAGUCAUAACCACCACUACCACCACCAACACCACAAACAAGCAGUGGGAGGAUUUGUGUUCAGGAGCACAGCAGCAGCAUGUCGCCAUUACUCAAAGCUACUAGCGUGUAUAUCUAUCAUACUUUAAAAAAAGACAAAUCUAACAAUACAAAAAACAUUACUAUAAUGAGGUGAAUGAAAGGAAUGUGCAUUAAUAAAAUGUGAAAUCUGUCAAAAAAAAAACA